AGUCGUCCCUGAAGGAGCGACUCGAGUGGUUAACAAGAUGGUGAGUUUGACUGUGACAUCUGGGGACCUCCUCUUCUGCUGCUGCUAGUAGACUUGACUGGCAGGUUGUGGGUUCAGUUCCUGCCCACAAGAGACUAGUGAGGAAGAACUAUUCUCCACAACAAAAUGGACUCAAUCCACUUCACUGACUUGGAUUUGAGGAGUUCCAUCUCGGGGCUGUUUGCUGGUUCUGGCAGAGCUGGAGUCGUGAAUCAGGGGUCAGAGGUCCGGAGCUGCUUGUGAUGCCUCCGUGACUCUGUGGUGGUUCUCCAUCUUCCAACAUCAGACUGAGUGGGCCACAGAUGCUGCAACUUGAACUGACGACACGAACAGCUGACUGACAGGUGUCGUCAUCUGACUUGUGUACAGAGUGCCAAGUUCUCGCUAGCGUGGCAGCGAGAUCAGCUGAUGCAGGAGAGGAAGAAGCAGGAGGCGGCCCGAGACAAGUUGGUGGACUACGCCAGGACACUGCAGACCUGCAACGUGAAGAACUCGUGGCUCCAGAGCUCAAAUGACCGAGUGAUGAGGAAGAACGCGGAGCGCAGCGUGAUGGCCGCCUUGCAGGAGCAGGAGAGCGGCGUGGAGGAGAGACGACGCCGGCUGUGGCGCCUGUUGCAGGACGAGGAGGUGCAGCUCCUGCAGGACAUGGAGGGGAAAAGCAACAGAGAGACACCUGAAGAGAGACAAGCAAAGAUGGCAGAAAGAGCCAAGGCGCUGCGGGAAAAACGAGAGACGGAAAGAAAACAGUUGGUGGACAACAAGCUGGACCAGCUGUUCAGGGACAAGUGUCAGGAGCUGAGGAACAACCAGAGUCGGCAGUUGGCGCAGCACGUCAGUGCAGACCGAGCAGGUCAGCUGCGCAGCCGGAAGGAGCAGCUGGAGCGUCUGCGCCAGGAAGACGACAUGUUCAACCGGCUGUGGGCUGCGGACGGGCGAGCGAAGGAGGAGCGAGAGAGGCAGCGGGUGCAGAAGGAGCAGGAGAGAGGAGAAGAGCUGAUGAAGGAGCUGAAGAUGCAGAUGGAGGCGUCGGAGGAGCAGAGGCGUCGUGACCGGGAGCUGAAGGAGGAGGAGGCCCAUCUGCUGGUACGUCUGUCUGUCUGUCUACUCACAUGCUGCAGCUCACUGACAGGUGUGUGUGUGCAGAGGCAACAGCAGGAGGUGCUGCAGCUGCAGAUGCAGAGGGAGCAGCACCAGAAGCUGCAGCUGCAGGUGGGCAGACGGCAGCAGCUGGACGAGAGUCUGCGGGAGAAGAUGCAGCGGACGUCCAGGGAGGAGCAGGACGAGCUGCAGAUGGACCUCCAGGUCCUGCAUCAGCUGCUGGAGAAGGAGCGGCAGGAGGCGGCAGACAAGAAGGUGAAGCUGCGCUGCGAGCAGCUGCGUCAUAUCCAGUACGUACAGGAGGAGCUGCAGAAGCAGAAGCAGACGGACGAGCAGGCACAGCGGCUCCGCGAUGAGCAGCUGCAGGAGGCGUACGAACAGCGAGAGAAGCAGAUCCAGCUUCAGAGGGACGCUCGGCGGCGCAUGAUGGAGGAGAUCAUGGCCACACGCAGAGUGCAGAUCGCAGAGAAACUGCGUGUGAACAGGGAGCAGCAGCUGGAGCUCCUCAGAGAGAGGGAGGAGCUGAACUAUCUCAUCGAGGAGAUGAACAUAGCUGAAGCCGAGGAGAAGCAGAGCCAGCGGCAGGCGUGUGUGGAGAACAAGCUGAACCUGCAGGAGCAGGUGAAGGAGCGGCAGCAGAACAGAAGGCAGCAAGCCAUCGACAACAUGAAGGAGGCAGAGCAGAUGCUGAUGCAGGAGUACCUCUACGACCUGAAGGAGGAGGAGGUCCUGAACAGACCCCGCUUCACAGGCGUGCCCCUUCACCCACUCAGGAGAGGCAGGGACUUUGCUGAGUUUCCAGAGGAGGACCUCCCCAGUCCUCCCGCAGGGCCGCUGUAGGUGACCAGUCCCACACUUCAAACGAACUCAGUGAUGAAUAAAGGAGAACAAGACAAGCACAAGUAUUCCUUUAUUAACAAAACUCACACACACCGGAUCCAAGGAUGGGUCUGGAGACCAGUCGAUCUUCAAGGGCUUCUGAUAACUGUGAAAAGUUGAGAGUUUCUACCAGAUGGUGCGAGUGUGGAUGAUGAUAUAACCAGUGGUCAGCAUACCCACAAGCUGUCACUUACCUGGUACCAACUUGACCAGUCCAGGCCUGGCUCCUGAAGAGGAUUCCAGAGUAGAUGGGCCAGGGAGGUUCUGGCCACCACAAGCCCUACACGGAUCAGCUGCUCACAUUUACAUUUAUUUAGAAAAAGCCUCAACAUUCCAGUGUUUGUUUCCAUUUCCAACAAAAGAGGGUGGCAGCAUUCUCAGCGGUCCAUCUGGUUCACACAGUCAAACUCAGGUCACAAUCAGAGUCCCCCACCGUCGCCCGGUGCGCCUGGUCUGUUCAGGACCGGAACCAGCAACAAACACGAUCGGGCUCAGAAGUUCGUUUCUCCCAGACCCACAGUUUGACUGUCUGAGAAGCCCUGGGGCCACCAGAGACCUCCAGACAGCCUCAGGCCCACAGUCAGAAGAGGACCAGGACUAACUGUUCUUUUGAACUUCAGGCCACAACACAGAACCGGAACCUGAUUCUUGAAACGCUGCGACUCACCUGCUGAUUUGAGUCACACUUGUCUAUCUCCAACACGCACACACGCUCACACACUGUCUAGACUUCUGGAGAAGAAACGCUGAUGUUCAAUAAUGUCUGGGAUCGUUGCAUCACAGAGGCUGUCGGUGUGACUCUCGGACCUUGCAGCGGACAGAGUCCAACAGGACGUAGCAGCAGAAAGUGACUGAGGGUCGAUGUAUGGGGGGCAGUGCAGGACCAGAAGCAGGAGCAGGGAUCAGAUCUUCAGGUUCUUCACGGUCUCAGCUCUCUUCUUCAGAAGCUCUCCCACCUCCUGCAACGACCGAAGGAAGCUGCUCUGGACUUUGUCCAUCGCUGAGCUGAUGAAGGAUGCCUCAUCCUGCAGAUGCCAGGGGGAGACAUCAGUGAGACCCUGUCUGGCUGAGGUCAUCUAAGUCUCUGAACCACAACCACGUGGACAACCAGUGAGUCCGUUUGCUCUACCUGUGUGCGUCCGUCAAGGGUUAAAGUGGACAGUUUGAGGGACGUGAUGUGGGACUCUUGACCUCUGACCUGCUGCAGGGACUCAGUCAGCAGCUCCUGGAGACUUGAGGUGAGAUCCUGGAAACCACACAGCACCAAAGGCUGUGGACACACGCAUAAACACACACAUUAGUCCAGAGAUCUGUGUCUAGGUUGGGUUUAUCCGUCCUGAGGCAAAACGCCUUCUCGAGUUCAUUACAAGGUCAUGCUUCAGUUUGAGGAUUCAAACUUAAUAACUGGGUCAUAAUAACUGGGUUUCAGUUGGGUUCAUAGUCCUGCUUAAGGUUAGCCAUGUGUUUUGGAUGGUUAGGUUUAGGGGGAGAGGCUGGGGAAAGGGUUAUGGCCAUGAGAGGUCCUCACAACGAUAGCGAUACAAGUGUAUGUGUGAGUGUACCUGAGGUGCAUUUGGGCCCUUCUUCUUCUUCUUUUUCUUCUGUAAACUGGUUUUCAGAGGUCGCAAGAUUUUAGCGCAAUAACUGGCCGUCAACAAUACGACACACAAACUCUGUGGAGGGAGAGAGGGUCACUGUGGCUGCACACGUCAGCUCACUUGCACUCACACACACAGGUGCACACCUCCACAAAGAAGACCAGCGUCUCUAGUAGAUGUUGUUGACUGAUUAAACCGUUUUCUUUCAGCUCCAGAAAAUCUCCUCGACUUUUCUUCAGCAUUUCUGUAGCAGCACAGAUGAGAUUUUGUUAGACGAGUGUCUGUGUGCACGUGUAUUAAUGUUCUUGUGCGGACCAAUCUUUGACAAGACACUGAUCUUAUGAAGACAUUUUGAUUUGUGCAGACAUUAUACGCGUGUCAACAUUGAACUUUGAGGGCGAAAACAUCAAAAUAACUGGGUCAUUAUGAUUGGGUUUAAGUCUGGUUCAGAGUCCUGGUUAAGGUUAGUCAUUCGUUUUGGAUGGUUAAGUUAAGGGUGAGAGGCUGUCCAAAGAUGGCCUCACAAGGGUAUGAGUAUGUAUGUGUGUUCACCUUGUAGCUGCACCGUAACAGACUUGAAAGUGUUACAUAUUUGUGUUU